GCUCGAUACAAAGUGUAAGUAUGUACAGUAGUAUGUCUAAUGAUGUAGAUCUACCAAUAUUAAGAGUAUGGAUGACAAAAAUGUUUUGCCGAAAAAAAUUUGACUCUCUUACACCUAUGUUUUGACUAGAUCUAUAUGUCAUAAAAAAAAAUCUGAAAAUAUCUGCAGCUUUAAGGCUAUUCUCUUCACAGGGGCUCGUCACGAAAUAUUUGUCUUGUUAAAAUUUGACAUCGUCUGUUCUUAUAUUUACACAACUCUGUUUACGUCAGCCUGCUUUCUCUUAACUGGUCCCCUAUUGUGACAGCUCCCAAGACCAGUUAACGUAAACCCGAGACAGGGGACAUGUUGAAAAUGGAUUAAAAGCAAUAAUAAUUAUGGGACAAAAAGACUGUCAUCAUUGAGGAAACAAACAUGCAAAGCCAGGAAUCCCAACUCGCUGAUUUUGCGAGUCUCGGGGAAAAGUUUAAAGCAGCCUUUGAAGGAUCAAGAGCAGUGGAGCUGAUGGAGAAAUAUGUCAGCCUCAUCAAUGAAAUCCGCCAACUUCAACAGGAGCAAACAGAGCAGCUCAAACAGCAGAUCCAAGAUUUAAUCAAUCGAGAGGAGCAGGAGGCAGAAAAUGUAAAGGAAGACGGUGAGAAAACGGAUGUUUUGAACCGGGUCAAAAGUGUCCAAGAACAAAUCAAAGCCGAAAACCAACAAUUAGGGGAGGUAACCAAGAAAUGUGAAGAACUGGAAAAAACCCUACAGAAUCAAAGAAAAGAACGGGAGAUGCUAGUGGAAGAGGAAAAGAAGGUCAAACAGGACAAUAAGCAUGCACUUCCCAAGGUCAGAUAUGAAGUACAACUGUACAACACAUUGACUUCAAUACGAUGGCAGUAUGAUUGUGGACCAGAUGAAAUCAAAGGACAUGUCUGCAGUAAAAAUGAUGUCAAGCCAUUCUCUCUGAAUGGAAGUCAGGUCUCCAAAUUCUUCGUCUCCAACUAUUUGUGGGAUAUGAUGGAGGAAGACUAGUGAUGAAGGACUGUCUGAAUGUCGACAGUGCUACUGUAAAUAUUGUACAUGAGAGUAAAGCUAUGUAUUUCAAAA